AUGGUUAGUUUUCAAUGUGAUGGUUGUGGCGAUGUCGUCAAGAAACCCAAGUUGAAUCAACAUGGCAAUCGUUGUUAUGCAACUUUUACCUGUAUCGAUUGCUCAACUACUUUUCAAGGAACAUCUUAUCAAUCACAUAAUUCUUGUAUGACCGAGGCAGAGAAAUUCCAAAAGCACAUCUAUCAAAAUAAGAAUGCUCCUGCUGCUGCCGCACCUGUCAAAAGCAAGCCAGAGCCCAAGAAGGCUGCUAUCUCUACCACCAAACCUAUGUCUAUUGUGGAUCAAUUGAAUGAAAAGAAGAGAAAGGCCGAAACUAACAAAGAGGAAGAAGAAAAGUCUAAAUCUAAAAAGUCAAAGAGCAGCAGUAGCCUGUCGGAAUGGAGUGCUGAUGAGCUGGACAAGGACGAAUCAAAGAACUUGCAAAACGCAUUGAAGCACAUUUUGAAGGGAGGCAAAUCAUUGGCAUUAAAGGAUGUUCGUAAAAAGACAAUUGAAUUGAUCGAAAAGCACCCCAAAUACAAGAAAUCCGGUAAAUCAGAUUUGAAGAAGAGCUUCGAUAAAAAGUUCAGUUUGACUUUAAAAGAUGAUAGCAUUACCUUUGCAUAG